AUGAGGUCUAUUGUCAAACGCAUUGAAAAGGUUUGGUGGGACUACACCCCCAAAGAAAGACACAGUGCGAUUAUUUACAUUCUUGGGAUCAUCUUCUACAAGCUUGGCCUUGAAGCAUACGACUAUGAUGCCUUCGUCUCCGACACCGCCCCCAAGACUUUCCAGCGCGUCGGCCUCAUGGUUGGACUGAACCAGGCCUUUCAGUGCGUCGGAUCUAUAUUGGUCGCACCGCUUGUCCGCCGCUACCCGGCCAGAUGGAUCCUGAUGGGCGCCGUGCUCAUUUUCGCUCUCUUCAGCGCCAUUCUCCUUGUGAUGGAUGCUUGUACCGGAGGCUCCUUUGCUCCGGCCGCCUUGCACGAGCACCCUCAGGCCGAGUUCCGCUACUACGGGCGCUACAGCACUGACAUCAUGAUCCCCAUCUACUGCCUGAGUGGUCUGGGCUACGGCAUGGUCGAACUCGUCCGUCGCAUCAUCCCCCGUGACAUUGUGGGUGGGAACAUCAAGAGACUGCGUCGCCUCGAUGCCCUGGUCCACAUCAUGUACGAGGUGGCCGGCACCGCUGGGGCAUUCUGUACUGCGCUGGCAUUGAUCCCUCGUCUGGGCAACAACUAUGCAUUCAUCGUGACCCCCAUCUGCUUCACCUUCGCCGCGACUGCCUGGUUCUUCCUCGACGACGAAAUGUGCAGAGCCGAAGUGGCCGCCGAAAGCCGCAAUAACCGCGUCUCGUACUUCCACGCCGCCCUGUCCGGCUUUCUCCUUUUCUUCGAGUCCAUCUGGGUCGGCGCCCGCAUCCUGUUCGCCACACGCAAGUUCAUCUGGCUGCUCCCCGGGUAUUCGAUCGCAUUGUACGCCCACCGCUACCUCGAGAACGCAGUCGCACCGGCCAUCGCACGUCGCUAUUUGGGCAACGCCGCCUGGUCCCAAGCCAUGGUCGGCGGAUCCAACCUGGGCGAGCUUCUCGGCGCCACCUUCGUCGUGAUCUUCAACAACAACGUCCGCACGCCUAUCCCCUGGCUACGCAUGGACGCCCUGAUGCUGCUGAUCACCUGGUACCUCCCCUUCUGGCACCCCCAGCCCCGCCACCUCCGCGACGCGCUGUUCGUGGCGGCGACAUUCAUCCCGAUUUCCUUCGGAUGGGCUGCCGGGGAUGUCUCGCUGGCGGCGUAUAUCCAGGCCACGCUCGCGCGCAUGGAGAAUACCUCCCGCAAUGUGUCUCCCCUCAGUGCGGUGAUGGCGUUUCUGUAUUCGACGUACAUCGUGCUGUAUGCUGUCAUCUCGCCGAUCCUGGGCUCUUACAUCGACCGCGUGUACAUUCAGACUGGGGGCUCGACCGGAGGCGGCGAUAUUCAUCAUGCCAUCCGUUAUGUGGCCAGUGUGCAGUUCUCCAUCAUCUCUUUGCUCGUCAUGGUCGCUUCGUUUGUCCCGCGUGGCUCGCUGGCGCUGAAUCCCUGGGCCUUGGAGGAGGAGGACCUCGAGGAGGAGGACUGGGGAAAUCUUGUAAUAAUCAAACGCAAGGAUUGA